AUGGCGCCCGUUCCCAAGGAAGUCGACUACCUCGUCAUUGGAGGCGGCAGCGGUGGUCUUGCCUCUGGCCGCCGCGCCAGUGCCAUGUAUGGCGCCAAGACCCUUGCUGUCGAGAGCAAGCGUCUGGGAGGCACCUGCGUCAACGUUGGCUGUGUGCCCAAGAAGGUGACCUGGAACGCCGCCGCCCUGAGCGCGUCCUUCAAGGAUGCGAGAGCCUACGGCUUCAAAUACGACAACCUGUCCUUCGACUGGAACACCAUGAAGACGAAGCGCGACGCCUACGUGAAGCGUCUGAACGGCAUCUACGAGCGGAAUCUGGGCAACGACAAGGUCGAGUACGUCCACGGCUUCGCCUCGUUCCAGGACAAGAACACGGUCGAGAUUGCUCUGGAUGACGGCGGCAAGCAGGUGGUCAAGGCGAAGCACAUCCUCAUCGCCGUCGGCGGCCACCCCACCCUUCCCGACAUUCCCGGCAAGGAGCUCUGCAUCGACAGCGACGGCUUCUUUGACAUUGAACACCAGCCCAAGAAGGUCGUUACCGUCGGCGCCGGCUACAUCGGUGUGGAGCUGUCGGGCAUGUUCAACGCCCUGGGCACCGAGACGCACUUUUUCAUCCGUGGAGACAAGGUUCUGCGUAGCUUUGACCCCAUCAUCCAGGACACCAUCACCCAGGAGUACGAGCGCCAGGGCAUGAACAUCCACAAAAAGUCCAGCAUCACCAAGGUUGAGGAUGCCGGCAACGGCAAGAAGCGUGUCUACUACAACGAGGGCGACAGCAAGGACCAGGUCAUUGACGACGUUGACCACGUUCUGUUUGCCAUCGGCCGCGCCCCUGAAAUCGAGAAGCUCGGCAUCGACAAGCUGCCCGGCCUGAAGCAGAACGAGAAGAGCCACAUUGUUGUUGACAAGUACCAGAACACCUCUGUCGAGAACGUCUACGCUCUCGGUGAUGUCUGCGACCAGGGCUUCGAGCUUACUCCCGUUGCCAUUGCGGCAGGCCGUCGUCUCAGCGACCGCAUCUUCGGCGGCAAGAACGAUGCUCACUUGGAAUAUGAGAACAUUCCCUCCGUGGUCUUCGCUCACCCCGAGGUCGGUGCUAUCGGGUUGACCGAGCCCGAGGCGCGCGCCAAAUACGGCGACGCGGUUAAGGUGUACAAGACUAGCUUCACUGCCAUGUUCUAUGCCAUGAUGGAGCCCGAGCACAAGGGCCCCACAGCCUACAAGCUCAUCGUCGAGGGCCCCACGGAGCGUGUCGUCGGCCUCCACAUUCUGGGCGAGGGCUCCGCCGAGAUGCUGCAAGGAUUCGGCGUUGCUAUCAGGAUGGGGGCGACGAAGGCCGACUUUGACCGCUGCGUGGCGAUACACCCGACCAGUGCGGAGGAGCUGGUUACGCUGAAAUAG